UCAUCGAAUCGCUUCAAGCAAAACAAGUUGCAACAGGAAUUAAAUUUUGUAAAACAGUUUUUAGUAGCGGUAGCGAUUUCUGAGUGUCGUAAAAAUUAAUAACGCAGUGAAGACCGUAUAAAACUUCUUUUAAAUAAUAUUUUCAAUCUGGGAUGUCCAAAAGCGUCCCAAUUGUGCAAUAUGCCGAGACAUCGAUCUAAAAGACGAUGCGCUGCCACAACUGUCAAACGUUGCGAAUCGGCUGGUGGUGUAGAUGGUCACGGUGGUGGUGCUCCAGUCGUCCAGCUGGGGAAGCGCUCCUCCGACGUUCUCCUGUCAACAAACUUAUCGUACGAGGAUGAUUCAGAGCAGCAGCAACUGGUGAAGAAGUUCCGCUCGGAAUUUCGAAUCAACGAGGAAGAGUGUUCGGCGCGAAGACUGAAAAAUAUUACCAACACGGUCGACCAUCAGCAGAAGCAGCAGAUGUCAGGCGAAGAGACGGGGACGAAACGUAAGAAUCCAGUGGGGGGUGAAGCGCUCGGUGAGUCAAAGCGAGCGAAACAAAGGGACGUUGAUGCGAUAGCGGAUGGUGAACAUAAGCUCCGGAAUGUGCUGGGAAGGCAUUAUUUUGAGGUGAAUCAUCGGAUCAAUCUGGAGCAUAUUCCGUUCUGUUUGAAGAAUGCAGAAAGGUGUGCACGAUUACACGCCAGGCGAAAGAAUCAGGCUAAAAAGGUAAACCAACGCAUCCAGCAGGACACUAAGGAGAUGCUUGUGGAGAACCGUCCUUUACAAUUUCUGGAUCAUCUAGAUCAAGCAUUACUACGGAACGAAUUCAUCGAAGCACCGCUUUUCGUGAAAGCUUUGGAACUGAUUUUGACCAUUACUGAGCCAUCCGAUCAGCUGAAUGCGAACUACAGCGUCCGGACGGUGCUGCUCCAGACGGUGGAUGUCCUGGAUCGUACGAUAGACCAUUUCCCCCCCUGCUGGUUGGAUCUGAAGCGGGCAUAUCUGGGUGUAGUCUUUGGCGUUUUGGAAGAAUCGUGUUUCGCGAGAUACGAUCGAAGCGAAGGUCUGCUGAAAGUGAUAUUGUUUCUGCUGGAGCAAAGUGUGGAAUGUAAAGCCAGUCAGGAUGGCACCAGUUUGUGCAAAACGCUGAGCAAUAACGAACGUUCGUUGGCCAAUUUUUACUUAUGGGAACAGGAAAAUACCCAGAAGUACGAUUUUGAUUUGCUAACCCGCGAGGAUAAGUUGGAUCGCUUGUUCUUGGUGCUACAAAUAUUAGUUAAGAUAUUGGAAUACGAUUUAGUGAUGUGGAUUUUAAGGCAUCCACAUAAUGCUAAGGAGAACAUGUUCAACUCCAGUCGAAUGCCUCUGAUAGCAGUACUUCUUUGGAAUGAAAACUCAACUGUGGGUGAAAUAAAUCCACUGAUAAAACGGAUUAUCGUUCUCUACGUAAAUGUUUGUGCAGUCCAUUAUCCCAAAACUGCUAUUCAAACGCUAUCCCGUUUGUUAUCUAUCAUUGGAACAGCCAUCAACCUAACCGAAAUCCAGUAUGACGGAUCAGUCGAAUAUCCAUGUAUAAAACAAAAAACAAAUUACUUUGCGCAACAAAUAAUGCGCCAGCUGGAGAUCUCCGACUAUUUCAGUGUGUCGCUUUGUUUGCGUGCCAUCGAACAAAUGCGUUCACCACUGCUCCGUAUGCUCCUAGCCGGCGAACUCCUCCAGAAGCAUACCCCACUAACGAUCAACAUUCCUUCCGCUGCUUCUUAUCUGAAGCACCUGGUCAAAGGAGAUUGGAAGGCUUUUCCGAAAGAUAACCCCCCGGAAGCAGUCUCUCCCGCCGGUCGGGAUCGUUUUCCUUUACUCAAUCACCAGCAGCAAAGGCAAUCUGUUCAAGAAAUUGGACGGACUCAGUACGUAAACCUUUUGCUAAUAGCAUUUCAAGCCUACAUGCAAGUGUACCCUCUGAAAACCUACUUUCAAGGAUUGAAGCCCCCUCCAGAACCGGCUCAAAUAGCUUCAACGUCGUAUGCUCCGAAUUCCCGAACUGCCAAAAACCAUCACAGCAUGGAUGCCCUGGAAAAGGGACAUUGCUCUCAGGUGCAACAAUUGGAAUCGUGCAGAACGCGACUGAUUCGUCGCUCGACCGAUGGUUCUGUCGGAGGUUUGGACCCGCUAGUGCUAGAGGAAAUUAGUGUGACCCCGUCGUUACUGCUGCAUUACCGAGAAGAAGUGAAGCACCUGUUGCUAAUGAAACGAUGGAUGCAGACCAAAACCGGGGCAAGGGAUGAGGAACGGGAAAUGUGGGCACCUUGGCGAAGCUAUCUAAGCACGAUCGAUGAAACUUUGGUUUGCGAAUAGUGCCGUGUAAAUUUUUGAGAGCAUUCCAUUUGAAACCAAGAACUAGUUUUUUAUACUUUGAAUAUAUGGAGCUAUUUAUUUGACUAAAA